AUGCCGAAGUCGCACUGCCAGGCUUGUGUUGAGGCAGACACCGAGAAGAUGGUUAGCUGCUGCCAGUGUAAUACUUGGUGGCAUUAUGAGUGCGCCGAUGUGAACGAUAGUAUUGCUGGUGAGGAUCGAACGUUCUAUUGUUCCUUAUGCCAGCGACCGUCGCCGUCGAUACCGAUGGAUUCGGUACAACACCAAACUGAUAGUUGCAGCCGUGCAGGCAGCAAAACUGGUAGCGAUAUGGGAAGGUCAUCAUGCGGCUCAAAGGCGAAAUGGGCCCAGUUUAAACUGGACCGACUUGCGGCCAUGAAAGAGAUCGCCUUUAAGCGACUAGAUUUGGCUCGGCGAGAACAGGAGCAACAACAUGAGCAUCUUCGAUUGCAGGUGGAGCAAGAAAUCUUUGAAGAAACUUUCCGACUGCGGGAAGAGAUCGAAUUGGACGAUGACGACGACGGCCGUAGAAGCACAACUACGGAACAAAGUAGCCGCAGUAAAGUGGUGAGAUGGCAAAAACAGCAACAUAACGCCAUAGAUGCCACGACGGAUACGUCAACGCCAAGGGACAAUGCAGAUCAUCCGAUAGUGAACAAGGGGUCAACAGUUGCCGAAACACAUACUGGGCAGGGUGGCAAGCAGACACCACCAGUAAAUAAACAGCGUGUUUUACAGAGAGCGUUGGCAGGUAUUUCGCUAAAUGAUUCAGCCAUAGGGCCCACGUUAAGAAGUAUUCUCGAUCAAUCAGGAAGCGCGAAAGCGCCUGUAGGAAAUAGUAGUCAAAUAGUUUCAGCUUUAACUACUUUACCUUGUAAAUCCAAUACUAAUCGUCCAAUAUUAUCUGCAACUGGAAAUUUGAAUUCCAACACUCAAAAUAAAUUAAAUAUUCCUUCGACUUUCGUUAAUGAGCCGCGUGUCAAUUCAUUGUUAAGCGAAUUGAGCAAAAUGUGUAGUGGUAUUCCCACAGCGGCCACCGAUAUUUUUCGUGACAGGAUUUCGGAACGAUCCGGAAAUUUGGAUAGGCAUGAUGCUAAUUUGCCAGUAGCAGGGUCAACGUCAGGAGCACUACCAACAUCUUUACCGCAAUGGACACAGGAUGGCGCAGAAGAUGCAGCACCGGAACAACCGUGGGAAGGCCCAACACCGAGACAGAUAGCGGCUAGGCAUGUGAUGGCUAAAGAGUUACCUACGUUUACGGGUAGAGCGGAAGAAUGGCCGAUGUUCAUCAGCUCUUUCGUCAAUACCACUCAAGCGUGUGGGUAUUCGAACGCAAAAAAUUUGUCAAGGCUACAGAAGUGCUUGAAGGGAAAUGCGCUUACUCACGUUCAGAGCUUAUUGUUGCAUCCGGAAGGCGUGCCGCAUGUACUGACCCAAUUGGAACAACUAUACGGACGCCCUGAGCUGCUGAUACAUACGUUGUUGCAGAAGAUUCGCGAAGUUCAGUCACCGAAAGACGGUGAUCCCGAAUCAUUGGUCGCUUUUGGAUUGAUGAUGCAGAAUUUGUGCAAUCACAUGAUUGCUGCCAGGCAAGAGGCACAUAUCAACAAUCCCGAACUGCUGCACACUCUCAUAAGCAAACUGCCGGUUAAUUGGCGGAUGGAUUGGUCGCUGUACCAGGAACGGUGCACGGUUGUGAAUAUACAAACUUUCUCACAGUAUAUGCAAGUGCUAGUUAGAGCUGGUUUGAACGCGUCACUGUAUAGUGAUCAGAAAACCAAUCAUCAGAGAAUAAAAGACAAAGGUAUUAAAUGUAAAGACUUUUGCGGGGCACACACUACCGAAGAGUCACCGAAAUCUCCUGAAAAGGAGAUAGUUGAAAAGCAAAGCUCCUCCUCCAGGCCUACAUGUCUGGUGUGCAAUAAUCCGGAACAUCGCGUCAAACACUGUCCUGAUUUCGCAAAGCUGGAACUGGAGGAACGUUGGAAACUGAUCCAACGUUUUGGAUUAUGCCGAAGUUGUUUGGGAGCCCACGGGAGGCGACCAUGUCAGAUUCGAAAGUACUGCGACGUAGAUGGAUGUCAGCGAAGACAUCAUAAAUUGCUACACGAUCAGAAGUUUCAUAGCGGAGCAAAGCCGAAUUCUAAUUCAGAUAAAAGGACUCCCAAGCAGGACAGCAAUGCGAACAAGAAGGAGGUAACGCGAAAUCUGACCGAUAAAGGGAACAGUUCGAAUGCCGUAACAAACCAUCAUUCCGCUGGUCAAGCGGCACUAUUUCGUAUCAUACCAGUGACUUUAUAUGGGAACAACCGAUCUGUGCUGGCAUACGCUUUUCUGGACGACGGGUCGUCUAGGACACUAGUUGACGAGGCCAUCGUGAAGCAACUAGGCGUGAGUGGGGAGACACAACCUUUGUGUCUGCAAUGGACAGCCAACAUGAAGCGCACAGAAUCCGAUUCUCAGCGUAUUACGCUGGAAAUAGCUGGGUGUGCUAAUGAGAGCAAGUAUAAACUAACUGACGUACGAACGGUUACCAAGUUGGAUCUACCCAAACAGUCUUUGCGCUACAAGGAAAUGGUGAAAGCUUAUCCUUAUCUAAAAGGAUUACCUGUUGAAGACUACGACAAAGCAACGCCAUGUAUCCUUAUUGGUAACGACAACGCUCAUGUAACAGCGACAUUGAAAAUGCGUGAUGGACAGCCAGGAGAACCUAUUGCCGCUAAAUCGCGGCUAGGAUGGACUGUAUAUGGUUUCAAUCAAGAUUCAUCUGUCGGACGUGCUCAUCGCUUCCACAUAUGCGAGUGCAAGAAACAGGAUCAAUCCGUACACGAACUAGUAGAGAAGUUUUUCGCGGUUGAGAGUCUCGGUAUAAUGGAAGUAUCGUGCCCAGAGUCAGCUGACGUACAACGUGCGAAUCAGAUUCUGCAGGGAACGAUCAGGCGAGUCGGGCAGCGUUUUGAAAUCGGCUUGCUGUGGAGAUUUGACCACUUUGAAUUCCCGGACAGUUACCCGAUGGCGGUGCGACGCUUGCAAUGUUUGGAACGGCGGAUCCAAAGCGAUCCUGUGAUAGGUGAAAGCGUAAAGAGACAGAUGGUCGAGUAUCAAGAAAAAGGAUACAUCCAUAAGGCGACAGAAGCAGAACUCCAGGAGGCGGAUAUGCGACGUGCGUGGUAUCUACCACUCGGUAUAGUUUUGAACCCUAAGAAGCCGAACAAAGUUCGUAUAUUCCGUGACGCAGCAGCCAAAGUGGACGGCGUAUCGCUGAAUACAAUGUUGAUGAAAGGGCCAGAUUUGCUAAAUACGUUGCUGGGAGUACUGUAUGGGUUCCGCGAAAAACGCAUCGCCUUUUCUGCCGAUUUGAAAGAAAUGUUUCACCAAAUUCUGGUGCGUAAAGAAGAUCGGCACGCUCAAAGGCUGCUUUGGCGAGAGGACUCAACGCAAGCUCCGGAGGUCUUUGUGAUGAACGUGGUUACCUUUGGAGCAGCUUGCUCCCCAUGUUUGGCACAAUAUGUGAAGAAUAAAAACGCGCAAGAACACGCCUAUAAAUAUCCAGCCGCUUCGGAUGCCAUCAUCCGGAAACAUUAUGUUGACGACUACCUCGAUAGUGCGGACGAUGUUGAAGAAGCAGUAAAGUUGGCACUAGAAGUUAAAUACGUUCACAAACGUGGAGGUUUUGAAUUGCGGAACUGGUUGUCCAACUCAAAAGAGGUACUCGCACGUGUCGGGGAAAACGAUCCAUCCAAGGAAAAAUGUCUACAGCUGGACAUAGGAGAGGCGGCUGAGCGUGUGCUUGGAAUGUUUUGGAAACCGGAGCAGGAUAUCAUAACAUACUCUACGGAAUUGGCUGUAGCUACGGAGCGUCCCACCAAACGACAAGCGCUGCGCGUAGUGAUGAGUCCAUUCGACCCUGCUGGACUAUUGUGUUAUUUUCUGAUUCAUGGCAAAAUAUUGAUCCAAGAGUUGUGGAGAGCCAAGACCGAGUGGGACGAAUUAAUUCCAGAGAACCUGUGUGAGAGAUGGUGGAGAUGGACUGAUUUGUUCCGCUAUCUGGACAAAAUCAAAAUACCGCGUUGCUAUUUUCCUGCUCGUUCAACGCAAGAGAUCGUGACAUUACAGCUACAUAUCUUUGUUGAUGCGAGUGAGGAGGCAUAUGCGUGCGUAGGUUAUUUACGAGCUAUUUUCCCUGGCAGCAUCGAAGUGGCUUUAGUCGGAGGAAAAUCGAAAGUGGCACCGCUGAAGGCACACUCGAUCCCGCGAUUGGAGCUGAUGGCAGCGGUUAUCGGUGUUCGGCUGAUGAAAAUAGUGUUGAAGAGCCACUCCCUACGGAUUGAGCGCACGGUUCUAUGGAGCGAUUCCAAAACCGUUCUGGCAUGGAUAAAUUCAGACCAUCGCAAUUAUCGACAAUUCGUCGCAUGCCGAGUGGGAGAAAUCCUAUGCAAGUCCCAGGCGGAACAAUGGCGUUGGGUGCCGACCAAAGAGAAUAUUGCAGACGAGGCGACGAAAUGGGGAAAAGGUCCCUGUAUGUCUCCCACGGGACGGUGGUUCUUGGGACCGGAGUUCUUGCAUCUAACAGAAGGUGAAUGGCCAGUUUCGGUGCAAUCAACUGAUGCCAAAACUGGCCAUUCAAAAUGGAAUCGUUUAAAUCGUGCGGUGGCAUAUAUGCUUCGGAUCAUAAGACUCAUGCGGGAGAAAAAAGGAAAGCGCACAACAAGAGAGUUGGAGCGUGUUAAGGCGAUACUACAGGGAAAACAAUGGAGCUUGCUGCAGUUCGAUCCGCUCGAGCAGGAAGAAAUGCAGUUGGCAGAGACUACCAUUUUUCGCUGGGUGCAGAGAGAGCAGUAUCCCGAUGAGUCAGUGACUCUAUUCCACAAUCGUGGUGAGCAGAACAGACGACAGGUUAAACUGGAGAGAACUAGUCCCAUCCGCAAAGCUUCUCCGUUCAUGGAUGAGUGUGGAAUUAUUCGAUCGGAUGGCAGGAUAGCAGCAGCAACAUGUGUCACGUUUUCAACGAAGUUUCCGAUUAUCCUUCCGAAACAGCACUGGGUAACGUAUUUGAUUUGUGACUGGUAUCAUCAGAAACACUAUCAUGCAAACCGAGAGACUAUAGUGAAUGAGAUGAGGCAGCGGUUUCACAUUUCGGAGCUCAGAGCAUUAGUAAGAAUGUGUGCGAAGAAAUGCCAGGUUUGCAAGGUUAAAAAUCCGAUAGCGGCAGUGCCUCGAGAGGCACCGCUUCCCGCAGCAAGAUUGCAGGCGUACGUGCGUCCGUUCUCAUAUGUAGGCGUGGAUUAUUUUGGGCCACUCGAAGUACGUGUUAAUCGUAGUCACGUCAAAAGGUGGGUGGCUUUGUUCACCUGCAUGACGGUACGAGCAAUCCACCUGGAAGUUGUACACACGCUUUCUACUGAAUCUUUCAAAAUGGCACUCCGCCGCUUCAUCAGUGCACGUGGGGCUCCUGUUGAGAUCCGUAGUGACCAGGGUACAAAUUUUGUAGGGGCAAAUAACGAGUUAAGGAGAAAACUUAAAAACAUCAACGAGCAGCUUUGUGAAACGUUUACUAAUGUAGAAACCAAGUGGAUCUUCAACCCACCCGGUGCACCUCAUAUGGGUGGCGCAUGGGAGAGAUUGGUGCGGUCGGUAAAAUGUGCUUUGGCUGCCAUGGAUACAACUAGAAAACCGAACGAAGAGACUUUGGCGACGUUGGUGAAAGAAGUGGAGAGUUUGAUAAACUCCAGGCCGCUCACAUACAUCCCGUUGGAAGUUGGGGAACAAGAAGCUCUCACGCCAAACCAUUUCCUUCUUCUGAGCUCGAGUGGUGUGGUGCAAACUCCGAAAUCGUUGACAGAUAUGAAGCAAGCAAGUCGGUCCGAGUGGAACAAAUGCCAGGUGAUGAUUGAUCAGUUCUGGCGUCGCUGGGUACGCGAAUAUCUUCCGACUAUAGCUCGGAGAACCAAAUGGUUUGAAGAAACCAAGCCUAUAGAGGUAGGAGAUCUGGUUGUCGCACUGGAAGAGAAAGUACGCAACGGAUGGAUGCGAGGACGAGUGGUGAAAAUCAUUAAAGGACGUGAUGGUCGCGUAAGAACGGCAGUAAUUCAAACGAGUAACAACACGUUCAUGGAAAGACCGGUAGCUAAAUUGGCGCGGUUAGACAUUGGAGUUGGUGGUAAAGCAGAUCCGGAGGCCUGA